GCUGACGUCAGUUAACUGGUCGCUGCCAACAUGGCUGUCCAGAGGGCAGACGUUAGUGUGGUGCGCAUCGUAUUUUUAUGUAUAGUUUGGUAUCUAGUUAGCUCGAGUAAUAAUGUGGUAGGCAAGACGCUGCUUAAUGAGUUCCCGUACCCCAUGACGGUGACUAUGGUGCAGUUAAUGUCCAUAGCGGUGUAUAGUAGCCCGGUGUUGAGAUGGAUGGGGGUGAGAAGGACAGCUGACAUUAGUUGGAGUUAUUACAAGCGAAUUGUUAUUCCUUUGGCCCUGGGCAAGUUUGUGGCCUCUGUCUUCUCCCACGUCAGUAUAUGGCGGGUCCCGGUCUCCUACGCUCAUACAGUUAAAGCUACAAUGCCUCUGUUCACCAUUUUACUUGCAAGAGUUUUAUUUGGAGAAAAACAGACAACUAAGGUAUAUUUUUCAUUAGUUCCAAUCAUCUUGGGAGUAGCCAUUGCCACUAUAACAGAGAUCUCUUUCGACAUGCUGGGACUUGUUUCUGCGCUAAUGUCUACGUGUGGAUUCUCACUCCAAAAUAUUUAUUCUAAAAAGGUGUUAACUGACACAGGUAUCCAUCAUUUGAGGCUGCUCCACUUGCUCGGAUGUUUGGCUCUCUUCAUGUUCCUCCCUGUCUGGGUUUUUACUGAUGGCCUUAGUAUUUUUUACGAUGACACAUUGUUGUUACGGAGAGACCCUGGAGAGACGAUUAUCCUGCUAUUGGUAGAUGGUGGACUUAAUUGGUUGCAGAAUUUUGUGGCUUUUACAAUUUUAAACUUCGUCACUCCACUCACUUAUGCUGUUGCCAAUGCCACCAAACGUAUUUCUGUUAUAACCAUUUCUCUCCUAUUGUUGAGGAAUCCAAUCACACUUGCAAAUAUUGUUGGCAUGUUCCUGGCUAUUAUAGGAGUUCUGGGCUACAAUAAGGCCAAAUAUGAUGCUAACCAGGCUAAGAAAAAGGCAGCCGUAGCACCACUCAGUGAAGUGACGAGUAGCAAGAUCCUUCAAGGUGCAACAGACGAUAACGUAUCAACUUACCAGAAUCUCUACCACCCGACACAUGAUGCAAACCCCUUUCAGGCACCUCCUUUCCAUCCAGCGUAUGUUUUCAAUCACACUGGAUCAACUGGAUUGGGGCCUUAUCCCAGGAUACCAAAUGGUAUUACAGACGUUUCCAGCCAUGGCGGUCACUCUCAGACUAGUGCUCAGAAUGGUUAUGUUAACACUGGCAUUAGGGCCAGCUUAGCAAAUAGCUCUAACGAACAAAAUAUGAGAUCAAAUGGGAGAGUAGCUAAUAUAUGAAUCUCUAAACGGUUAGUUAAAUAAAAUUCUAUAUUUUUUUACACGAUUGUUAUAAUCCACAAAAAUUUUGAUAGUGUAGAUGAAAUUUAAUACCUCUGCGAACAAAUAAUAUCCACAGCGUUAAUUGGCAGUGGGAUAUUUCGAAUAUUCAUGCUAAGUAACUUAAAUUGUUGGUGCCUUUUUGUACUUUUCUAGCUUAAAAAUAAUUAUGGAGGGGCUUUAAAUAAAUGCAUGAUAUAGUUUAACACGGUUAUUAAUUUUUGAUUGGUCGGAUGUUUGUGUAAAGUUAGAGUGAAUAAUUUGUUACUACAUGCAAUAAAUUUAUAUUGUUUUUUUUUGUAAGAAGUUUUAGAAUUUGAUAUUUUUACAUUUGAUAUUUUUAAAGCCAAAGACAUGUAGAUUUCACUAAUGUUUACUUUAAACUUUUUGUUUUCAAAGACAUUUUAAUAAAUAUUUGUUACUUUUAAAAGUUAUUUUAUGAUUUUGUUAUAAACUAAAAGUAAAAUAACUUUAAUAUACAGAAAAUAGCCAGCAAGACUAACAAGCAAGAGAGACUGAGAAUGUUGUGUUAGUUUUAAUAUUGUUUAUAUGUUGGACUUUUAAUUUCGUUACGAGCAAGUAUUUUGUUAAAUACUGUGAUAUAGAUUUCAAAAUUUGUGAUAAUUUUUUAAUUAGUCAGAUAGUAGUAAAUAUCAAGGACAUAUUUUCAGCUCAUUAAAUCACAUAAAACUUUCAUAUAUAAACGCGCGCGCACACACACACACACACACACACACACAUACAUAUAUAUAUAAUAAUAUGAUCACGCUGCACACGAUAGCAAAAGAAAUAGACGAGGACAACCCUCUUCUAAACUCGGAGAAAACAAAACAGGAAUUCAGGUCAAGUUGAUAUUGCAUGUGGGUCACCUAGAACUGUAAUAAAGACCUUGAACUUGCUUAAUGGAUUGAAUGAGGAUAUUGUGGAUGCCACUUCAAUUCACAAUUUCAAAAGCAAAUACAAAACGAGACCAUCAAUCUAGUUAAAAAUUCACUAAGUACAAAAUUGCUAGUAGGCAGGGUAUACACAACUAGACUUCAUUCUCCAUUUGUCACUGAUGAGGUAAACACAAAAAAACACAUACACUCUCCUGAGAACACACGCAUGAGAACCUCUCUUUCUUUCUCCUUCACUCAAAACUACGGAAUGAGGUACUUUACCAAAAACACAGAUAACUGUAACAAGGAAUUACACAUACACACGUCAUUACCUAAAGUGUAGUUACAGGAUGAGAGCUAUGCUCCUGGUGUCCCAUUUUUCCCAGUUCUCUGUUUUAUAACGCUGUGAAACUACGGAUGGUUUUGUAUGUGUGUGUGUAUGUAUACAUUCGUGCAUUAAUUCAAUAUGAGAGAUCAAAACCCUUGCACAGGACAGAACUGUCAACAUUCACAAGGUGAUUUUAUGAAGCUGCAACACUAAGACUGAGAACCCUAAUGAUAUUAACAGUAAUUAUUACCGGUAAAAGGUGUCUGAAUCAUUAAUGCCAUUUUGAUAUUACUAACAUUGUCUUGCAUUCCAGAAGUUCCUCUCUUAAGACCUAAUUUACUCUUUAUAUGCCAUGAAAGAAACAUUAAAUAAAAUUCCCCCAGUGUUCAAUAGCUGUAACUGUUCCGUGACUCUUAUCUUAAGCACUUGAUUGAGAAAAGCACACAAGCGCUUAUUGUAAUGUAGAGGAAUGCAAGGUGACACUUAACAUGUAAUGCUUUGAUCAAGCACUUGCAGACGAAACGUCAUCUUGCAUGACGUUUAUACUCGACUUGCAUUUCUCUUCAUUCUUAAAAACGCUGCGAGUGAUCUAAAGUAAAAAUUAUUCAGUACUCGCAUAAGUUAUAUAAACAAAGCUGCAAUAAUUUUUGGCUUGAUAAUUUUGGUUAUAAAUUACAUAUUUUUUUAACUACGAACGUCUAGAUUUUUAAUAUUGAACAACAUAUUUUACUGCAGAUCUGAUGGCCUGUGUGUUAUACACCAUUAGGCUAUGUACAUAGAAGAUAAAUAAACAUUUAAACAACAUUAUAUGCAUUUAUUUAAUUUAUUUUGUUAUGACUACACAAAACUUGGCACUAGACCUCUUCUGUACAGUACUAAACAUAAUGAUUAACAAUUGCAUUAUUACAAAUGUUUUUACAAAGAAAUACAAACAGGCACAUGCACUAUGGUGUCAUAAAUAUGAUAUUCAUAAAAAAUUAAAUUUGUGUUCAUAAUACAAUGGAAAAAUUAAGUCUGAUAAUUGGGUGGAGCUUAUCAGACCAUGAAGUAGGAAAGCCAUGCUCCCUAAUCAACCUGUCCUCUCAAAUAGCACAGUGCAUUUAGACGUACAAAAUUCCCAACGGCCAAAAUAUGAUGUACUAUAAAUAAUAGAGGCUCGUCAAAUUACCAGGCUGUCCCGUUUUCUAUUCUUUAAUCCUUGGUUAGAUUAGGUUCACGUAAAUUAGUACGUCAUUUUUUAUGAUGAUGUGACGGCUCGAGAGGACUGGCUGCCCUAAUACCUAACUAGCCUUUGUAUAGCUAUAGUGUGUAGCUAUUCACAACUUGCUUGUCUAUGGGAAUUUUGUUUAGAAUAGUGAUGUUUGGUACUGUGGGUUAGAGGAUAUAUAUAACAACAUGGAGCAACUAAACAAAUAAAAUAAGAUAAAUGAUUAAGUUAAUUCAGCAACCAUUUUGAAAAUUCACAGAAAAUCGGUUUUGCUUUAAAUGCUUUUCUUUUUACAAUAAAAAACAACAGUCAGUUGCAUUAAUGCAUUUACAUGCAUUAAUAAACCUGUACAAAUGGAAAAUUAUUACAAACAUUUCAAUUGAGGCUAGUUUUGUGCCCUGUAGGUAAAAUUGCUUAUAAAUCAGUAGUUAUACAAUAACAUAAAUUUUAACGCAACCCCUAUUUUUCUUUUUACGAUAGGGCAAUCAUUUGUGAGCAUUUAUAUCUAUACAAAAAUAACAUAAUAGUAAACAGGUGAAUAAAUGUGAUUAUAUUAUGAACAUUCAAGAGGGAAGCUCAGGAGUCAAACUUCACUCUCGUUCCCUUCGUUGACCUUCAUUAGGAGCACCAUUGCUAUGCAAUAUUUUCCCUUUAUUUUCUAAACUAUACAACAGAGCAGUAAUUUUGUGAACAUUUACAGUUAAAAUUAAUAUACAGCAAUAACUGAACAAACGUAAAAUUAUUAUAACCGUUUGGGUUGCGGCAUACCAGCAGACGACAGCUUUUGAGUGUUAAAAUUAUUCAUUACUUCUGCUGGUCUUUAAUACUCACUCACUUUUAGCACAGGAAUUCGUUCUAAUUAUAUAUUCUCAACAAUAUUUUUUAUUAUCACUGAGCAGAGAUGCAAACACUGAUAUAAUGUCAACAUUUUAUAUAUCGUAUCUUCCAAGAUAGUAAAUACAAAUCCAAUAUAUAGUGUAACAGUAAGUUAUUAUUUUCUAUAACAUUGACAUAUAAGAGAAUAUGUUGUCUAAAGUUGAUUUUGUUAAUAUUUCAGUUCACUUGUAUAGCAGUCAAGACAAUAACAAAAUUAUUAGUUACCAUCUUUUAAACCAAGCAUAUGGGAAACUCAUAGCCCAAACCCGGCAGGUAGACCACAGACUAUCAUUAUCGACAGUAACGUGCUUGACUGGCAAUUGUUAACACUUCAGACUGUCAGGGGGGUACAAAAUAUUGUCUCUGGCUUGAAGUGUCCUAACUGUAGGAUGCUCAUUGUUACGCCAAGUUACCUCAAGGUAACUAUGUAGCUGACAGGUUACAAAGUAGAACCUCUGCACUCAAUAGCUGGCCCUGAUGCUCAAUAUAAAGCUAAUGGAUUACAGUACAGUACUUGUAAAAACAUAAACAAAAAUGUAAACCCAUUAUUAUUAUUGUUCCACAAAUAGUAAGAAAACAUUUAGUAAUUUUGUCCAAAAAUUACCAUAUUUGCAAUUUUUUUGUACCACAACUAACAUAAUUUGAAUUUCCACACACACUAUAAAUCAAAAAUAUAAUCUAAAAAUGAAAUUUCAGCUUACCUUGUUGUAGUAUGUCUUGUUGAUUGAUACUGUGGAUCUUGAAAUGUGUAGUUCUUGAAAAUUUACAUAAACUAACCUCAGGUUAUCCGGAUUUCUCUCCCGGAUAUGACAAAAUUUUGCCAAAAAAUUAUCCGGAUGCCAUUUUGGCCGGAUAACCCGAAUAUCCAGUUAAAUGGAAUCCGGGAUAAGCGAGUGCAUACAGCAUUUGUCACUGGACAACCCUAAAAAAAUUUGUUCUCAGAGAUCUUGCUUGUUUGUUUUGAUUUGAGGGCUUGUGACAUUUAUAUAAUUUUUCUGUAUAUUUUAUUCUAUUCAUAUAAGCAUAGAGGGUUCCAAGCUCAGCUUGGCAUACAAUACAAUAAUUUCAUCGGUGUACAGGAUGGAGGAUCUGAGCUCGUAGCAAUAGUUUAACAAAGUGGUGCUUUGGUGAGUUUUUAUUUAAAGUGUACCAUUUUAAUGCAGUACAACCUCAAUAGAACAUUGUUUUAAUCAGUUAGGCAUUUUACAAAAAGACUGCAUUGCAUGUAAUCAAUCAUGUAAAAGUAACUAAUAAGUGUGAUUGUCGUGAGGGACGUAUUUGUUUCGUGUUUAGCAGCGACAAACGAAAAUGUGUAAUUUUUCAGAGCUGCUUUUCAUCACUAUUAUUGCCACAUGGAUGUCAUGUUGAUUCUGACAAGGUAUUACUCCAUGUAUUUUUCCCUCCAAUUGAUGUUCAACAUUUUCACGUGUUCUGUGAUUAAUAAUGUUUUUCAGGUGGUUAUAAGAGUUAGAUAUGACAUGUUAGUCCUAACUGCUACUGGUAAUUAUGUUACGUAUGUGCUGCACAUAGUCCUGUAAUGCUUUAUAUAAUCUGUCAAUAUAUUUAUUUAUUUAUUUGUUUAUUUAAUUUGAUGUAAAGUUCUGUACCAUAUUUAAGAUAUAUUUAUUCUUGGAGACAAUGGUUUUAUGAAUGAAAGGAAAUGUCAGUGCCAUGGUAUGAUUGAUAUGCUAUCAUGCCAGUUAAUAGUUAUCUCCUUGCAUCUCUGGCUAUACUUUCUUUCUUUCUUUCUUUCUGGGAAGUUACAUAGAGAGACUGGCAGUGAAGGAAGAGGACUCAAUGAUCCAUCUAAAUUCAGUACUUUGCUUUCAUUAGACAAGAGCAUACUCCUACUUUCACUUUUGUUUAGGACACUACUCUUCUCGUCAUUUUUCCUAACAUUCACCUCACCAAGUAUACUCUGUUGAUAUUUUGAAUUAACCAUUAUACCCUUUCCAAAUGGUCAUCUUUAUGGAAAGUGUUGUUGUUAUCAUUCUAUGACCCCAUAACUCUAGUGGCUUUCCCAGCCGUCUCACAUCAUCAUAUGUUCCGUAUUUAUCUUGCCAUUUUCUUUGUGUGCUCCGAUAUUAAUUAUUGCCUUGUGCUUUCUUUCAUAGAUAAAAAGCAGAAGAUUGUAUACUAUCUUGCUUGCUUGUCUUUACACAUAUUGUAUAUUUUAUCCAUCCCCAAAAGAUCUGACCACUAUUGUUUUUUGUACUGGAUAUACCUCUGCUUCUCCUCCACUGUGCAAGAUUUAUGCACUAAUGAUAAAUGUUUGAAC